AUGCACCAAUCUGGACCUACCAUUACUUCACACUCGCAGGGAAAGUCUCAUAAGAUCCUUCACAAGAUCACUUCUAAAAUCCGAUCCCUGGCUACCGCCAUAUGCUCCCUCCCCAACGAUUGUCUGUGAGCAUACACCAGACCCGCUCCUCAACUAAACUGGAACUGAUACACUGCCUAUAUCUGUUGUUUAUUGUAUUUUAGUUUGUAUUGAUAUUGAAAUGUAAGUUGUACACACAAUUCAGCAUGUUGCUGCCAUUUGUACAAUGUUCUGCUGAAUAAAACGGUUUAAAAAAAAUCUCUCUCGCUCUUUCUAGUUAGGAGGAGCAUUACCAAUAAGAAUGCUCAUAUGAAUGCCUCUUCCAAGAUGGCCGCCUGUUGAAAAUAACCUAUAGACUUCCAUAGAGUUGUUGUAAUUGUGUUGAUGUUUUUUCUCCUCAGGUUCAGUAUCGAUGAGGGAAGGACCUGGACCAUCCACAACUUCACCAGCACCUCAGUGUUCGUUGAUGGACUUCUGAGCGAACCGGGAGAUGAGACACUGGUCAUGACGUAAGUGUACCGUGGAAUCUUCUAGAAUCCUCUAUGAAGCUAUACAUUUUGGGAAGGGAAUGAUCAGCUUUGUAGUAUGGCAAUAGGCCCUAUUUCAAGGAACCUCUUCUCCAAAGCUCUGCCAUUAGUUCAAUAAAACUCUCUCAACUUGUAACAAAGUCAUUGAUUGGUUUCUUAACACUAUUACUUCAACACUGAGGGGUUUGAUUGGCUUGAGCCUAUUCUUCAGAUGAGAUGGCCAGGCAAUGAUUCACUCAGGAGAGUGAGAAUUGAUCCUACAGUCUCAGUAACAACUCAUGCUGCUUAGCUCACAGUUCUACACUGCUCUCCUGGCUCCUCUGCUCUCCAAUAAGGGGCUUAGGAAGGAAUAUGGAGCAGCUGCCUCUCCAGCAGGGUUUUCUCAUCUCCCCAAUGCACUCUCCAUUAGUUACGACGUGGCCGUUUCUCCAUGAUUUUCUGCUGCACUCUUCUCUUCAUCUUAAGUGGUUGAUUAGCCUAGUGUCUUCCUUUUGUAUUUCUCAGCUUUCAUGUUGCUCUCUACCUCUCUCUCUCUCUCUCUCUCUCUCUCUCUCUCUCUCUCUCUCUCUCUCUCUCUCUCUCUCUCUCUCUUCCUAUCUCUCUCCCUAUCCCCCAUCUCUCUCUACUUCUCUCUCUCUCGCUAUCUCUCUCUCUCCCUUCCCCUCUCUUUCCAUUUCUCUCCCUCUCUCCCCUAAUCUAAUCAUCUUCAGUGAAUUGGAUGGAGUGAGAGUAGAGGCACAUCAAGUCAAGAGUUUUGGCCCCAGUGGGGGGAGAUAAGACCUGGGUUUUCAUUUUAGCAGAAAUGGGGGUGGUGGAGGGGGGUGUCAUGAGAGGACAGAAUCAUGAGCUAACAGGACAACACAUUUCUACUGCGCCGAGUUGCGGCCAUGGGUCUGAUUUGGGUUGUCACGGAAGACCGACACACACACGCACACACACACCCCACACACACACACACACACACAUCCCACCCACAUAGGGACACACACACGCCAUCUGCCUGCUGUGAGAUACGGUGAGGAGUGAGACGAGUAGGGGACAACUGAUGGCCAACCACGAUUGCCCUGGGUGUAUUUUCCAGCCCUGACUUCAAUGUUUUGACGGUGGCAGACUCUCAUCUAAUUUCGUCUUUGAACAGUGACUUAGCACCAAGGACAGGCUGGAAGGGGGAGAGGCUUUUCCACAUACUAAUGACAAGAGCCUUUGGAGGUCAAAACUGUGACUGGACACAUUAUUUUAAAGGACUUGCAACAUAUGUGAUUCACGUGCUUGAGAGACGGGGAGAGGGGGAGAGGGAGGGAGGGAGGGAGGGAGGGAGGGAGGGAGGGGAGGGAGGGAGGGAGGGAGGGCAAUAAGGAGCAGAAUGAGACAGAUCAAAUAAAAUACAUUCUAGCUUUAUUUAUACAGCACAUUUUAGACAUGGAAUACAAUGCAAUUUGCUUUACAGGAAAACAACUUAAAUGGAUAAAAAGCAAUGAAAAGAAAAGCUGAAAUAUUUACUACACAACUAACAUAAGAUAAAAAAACUAAAGAAUGACACAAACUGAACAACUAAAAAGAACCCUAAGGAAAAGCAAAGCUAAAAAUAUGUGUUUUAAGAUCUCUUUUAAAUAUGUCCACAGUUUCGGCCCCCCUCAUGUUCUCCGGCAGGCUAUUCCAGAGGCUUGGGGCAUACUAACUAAAGGCUUGGUCCUAGGCUUUGGCAUAGUUAAAAGGCUAGUGCCAGAGGACCUGAGGGACCUACUGGGUACAUAACUUAAAAGCAUGUCUGACAUGUAUUGGGGUGCAAAAUUGUGGAUUGAUUUAAAAACCAAUAGAAGAAUCUUAAAAUGUAUUCUAAAACAGCCAGUGCAGAGACCUUAAAACCGAUGAAAUGUGUGCUCUUCAUCUGGUCUUGGUCAGUACCCGUGCUGCAGCAUUCUGUAUGUUUUGCAAGUGACCAAUGGGAUUCUUGGGUAGACCAGACAGGAGAGCAUUACCGUAGUCAAGCUUGCUUGUAAUAAAAGCAUGGAUGAGUCUCUCUGUAUCAGCCUGAGAGAGAAACGGCAGCAUCUUGGCAAUGUUCCUCAGGUGGUACAAAGCUAUUUUGGUCACAUUCCUAAUGUGUGAUACGAAAUUAUGUUCAGAAUCUAAAAUAAUACCUAAGUUUUUUACCUGGUGUUUUAUCUUUAUUACCCUUGAAUUAAAAUGUGUGGCCAGAUUCUCUCUCUGUGCUUUGGUUCCAACAAUAAGUACCUCGGUCUUGAUUUAGCUGGAAGAAGUGGUGAGCCAUCCAACUAUUUAAAUCACUAAUACAGUCUGAACAGUACCGGACCCAAAAAUCUAAAUACAUGUGAUAUGUAUUUUCUCUGAGUUAUGUUCACCAAGGAUGACAAAAAACUCUUGAUCAGUUAAAUAGGUCCAAAACCAGUUUAGAACUAGAUCGGAGAGGCCAACCCACCUCUCCAGUCUGUCCAGAAGGACAUCAUGGUCAACAGAGGCCAACCCACCUCUCCAGUCUGUCCAGAAGGACAUCAUGGUCAACAGUGUCGAAAGCAGCACUUAAAUCUAAGAGUACAAGAACAGAGAGCUGUUUGGCAUAUGUGUUGGCUCUAAGAUCAUUUACCACUUUAACUAAGGAUGUCUCUGUGCUGUGGUGGACACAAAACCCCAGAUUGGAAUUUUUUAAAAAUUCAGUUGGCAAAAAUCAUUUAGCUGUUUGAACACCAAUUUUAAGAAUGGAAGGUUGGAGAUUGGCCGAAAAUUGCUAAGAGCUGAAGAACCAUAGCAGUUUUUAGUGCAAUGGGGAAAGUGAGUGAUUAACAAUAGCUUGCACUUCUUCAGAUAUGCAAUUAAAAACUGUUUUGAAGAAGCAUGUCUGUGUCAAGCAGGGAAAAUAAAUCCAUAGUGCCUUUGCGUGGUAGGCUAGGGCACAUAUCAUUAAACUUCUCAUCAGGUCUUGCUUGACUGAUACCCAGCCUAAUGUUGGUUAUCUUAUCUCUGAAACUCAUCACAUUUAGAUGUGGAGGAAAGUUCACAUAGGUUUGCGGGGGUAGGAUUUAUCGGGCCAUCAAUGAUCGAGAAGAGCACUCUCAAAUGAUUGUGAUUAAUAGUGAUCAAGUUAGAAAAAUGAGCAAGUCUGGCAUUUCUAAUUGCCUUGUUGUAUAUGCCAAGUUGCUCUCUCGGAAUAUCGUAAUGGACCAGCAACUUUGACUUUCUCCAUUUCCGCUCUGCCUUUCUGCAAUUUCUCUUUAAUUGAUUUGUUUCCUCACUCAUCCAAGGGGCUCUCUGUUUGGAUGUGGCCUUUUUCAACUUUACUGGAGCAAUGGCAUCAAUGGUUGCCCUUAAUUUGAUAUUAAAGUUAUCAACUAAAUCAAUAUUUUGUGCAGAGCAGUCAAUGGCUUUUUAGGCCAUCAUAAUAAAAGGGACAUCUGUGUCUUUGAUAUGCAAAGUAUGGACUAUAGAAAGGUCUCAUUUCCAGGAGCACUCAAGUGGAUCCCUGCUCAUUAGUGAAGUGUUGAUGAGUAAAGAGCACUGUCAUGUCACGACGCUACUGUCAGACGGCUCUGUUCCCAAGAGAGGGGAUUGGUUCAGCCGUGUCACGUGACCAGGGACCAGAGGAUAUGGUUCAGGAGUCACACCUCAAGGAAUAGGAGUUGGGGCUCAAAGGAUAAUUUUAUACAGGCAUCCGAAUUCUGCUUUUUUUUUCACUAAUUGGUCUUUUGACCAAUCCGAUCAGCUCUGAAAAAGAUCUGAUGUGAAAAUAUCUGAUGUGAUUGGUCAAAAGACUUAAAUGAGUGGAAAGAAGAUUAGAAUUGGGUUGCCUGUCUAAACGCAGCCUAUGAUGAUAAAUGUGGAAAUGGAUGGAUGUACGGGUGGAUGGAGGAACAGACAGGGCAGGCAGACAGAUAGACAGACCAGACAGACAGACAGACCGACAGAGUGGUUGAAAAACAAGUUUUAAUGACUCCAACCUAAGUGUAUGUAAACUUCCGACUUCAACUGUAUCUAUUUUAUCCUGCUACUGGUCACUAAUACUCCUGUUUACAUGUAUACAGUAUAUUACCACUAGUAUAUUACCAUAAGUAUUUAUAUGUUCCUGCUACCAGUCACUUACCAGGCCUGUUUACAUGUACACUACAGUUCAAAAGUUUGGGGUCACUUAGAAAUGUCUUUGUUUUCGAAAGAAAAGCAAUUUUUGGGUUCAUUAAAAUAACAUCAAAUUGAUCUGAAAUACAGUGUAGACAUUGUUAAUGUUGUAAAUGGCUAUUGUAGCUGGAAACGGCAGAUUUUUAAUAGAAUAUCUACAUAGGUGUACAGAGGCCCAUUAUCAGCAACCAUCAGUCCUGUGUUCCAAUGGCACGUUGUGUUUGCUAAUCCAAGUUUAUCAUUUUAAAAGGCUAAUUGAUCAUUAGAAAACCCUUUUGCAAUUAUGUUAGCACAGCUGAAAACUGUUGUGCUGGUUAAAGAAGCAAUAAAACUGGCCUUCUUGAGACUAGUUGAGUAUCUGGAUCAUCAGCAAUUGUGGGUUCGAUUACAGUCUCAAAAUGUCCUGAAACAAAUAACUUUCUUGUGAAACUCGUCAGUCUAUUCUUGUUCUGAGAAAUGAAGGCUAUUCCAUGCGAGAAAUUGCCAAGAAACUGACCUGCAAAGUUGUCAUCAAGGCAAAGGGUGGCUACUUUGAAGAAUCUCAAAUAUAAAAUAUAUUUUGAUUUGUUUACCACUUUUUGUGUCCUACAUGAUUCCAUAUGUGUUAUUUCAUAGUUUUGAUGUCUUCACUAUUAUUCUACAAUGUAGAAAAUAGUAAAAAUAAAGAAAAGCCAUUGAAUGAGUAGGUGUGUCCAAACUUUUGACUGGUACUGUAUACAGUGGGGGAAAAAAGUAUUUAGUCAGCCACCAAUUGUGCAAGUUCUCCCACUUAAAAAGAUGAGAGAGGCCUGUAAUUUUCAUCAUAGGUACACGUCAACUAUGACAGACAAAAUGAGAAAAAAAAUUCCAGAAAAUCACAUUGUAGGUUUUUUAAUGAAUUUAUUUGCAAAUUAUGGUGGAAAAUAAGUAUUUGGUCAAUAACAAAAGUUUCUCAAUACUUUGUUAUCAAUCAAUUUCAAUCAAUUUUAUUUUAUAUAGCCCUUCUUACAUCAGCUAAUAUCUCGAAGUGCUGUACAGAAACCCAGCCUAAAACCCCAAACAGCUAGUAAUGCAGGUGUAGAAGCACGGUGGCUAGGAAAAACUCCCUAGAAAGGCGAAAACCUAGGAAGAAACCUAGAGAGGAACCAGGCUAUGAGGGGUGGCCAGUCCUCUUCUGGCUGUGCCGGGUGGAGAUUAUAACAGAACCAUGCCAAGAUGUUCAAAAAUGUUCAUAAGUGACAAGCAUGGUCAAAUAAUAAUCAGGAAUAAAUCUCAGUUGGCUUUUCAUAGCCGAUCAUUAAGAGUUGAAAACAGCAGGUCUGGGACAGGUAGGGGUUCCAUAACCGCAGGCAGAACAGUUGAAACUGGAAUAGCAGCAAGGCCAGGCGGACUGGGGACAGCAAGGAGUCACCACGGCCGGUAGUCCCGACGUAUGGUCCUAGGGCUCAGGUCUCUCAGUUGGCUUUUCAUAGCCGAUCAUUAAGAGUUGAAAACAGCAGGUCUGGGACAGGUAGGGGUUUCGUAGCCGCAGGCAGAACAGUUGAAACUGGAAUAGCAGCAAGGCCAGGCGGACUGGGGACAGCAAGGUGUCAUCAUGCCCGGUAGUCCUGACGUAUGGUCCUAGGGCUCAGGUUCUCAGAGAGAAAGAGAGAACGAGAGAAUUAGAGAGAGCAUACUUAAAUUCACACAGGACACUGGAUAAGACAGGAGAAGUACUCCAGGUAUAACCAACUAACCCCAGCCCCCCGACACAUAAACUACUGCAGCAUAAAUACUGGAGGCUGAGACAGGAGCGGUCCGGAGACACUGUGGCCCCAUCCGAAGAAACCCCCGGACAGGGCCAAACAGGAAGGAUAUAACCCCACCCACUCCGCCAAAGCACAGCCCCCGCACCACUAGAGGGAUAUCCCCAACCACCAACUUACAAUCCUGAGACAAGGCCGAGUAUAGCCCACAGAGGUCUCCACCACAGCACAAACCAAGGGGGGGGCGCCAACCCAGACAGGAAGAUCACGUCAGUAACUCAACCCACUCAAGUGACGCACCCCUCCCAGGGACGGCAUGAAAGAGCACCAGCAAGCCAGUGACUCAGCCCCUGCAACAGGGUUAGAGGCAGAGAACCCCAGUGGAGAGGGGAACCGGCCUGGCAGAGACAGCAAGGGCUGUUCGUUGCUCCAGCCUUUCCGUUCACCUUCACACUCCUGGGCCAGACUACACUCAAUCAUAUGACCUACUGAAGAGAUAAGUCUUCAGUAAAGACUUAAAGGUUGAGACCGAGUCUGCGUCUCUCACAUGGGUAGGCAGACUGUUCCAUAAAAAUGGAGAUCUAUAGGAGAAAGCCCUGCCUCCCGCUGUUUGCUUAGAAAUUCUAGGGACAAUUAGGAGGCCUGCGUCUUGUGACCGUAGCGUACGUAUUGGUAUGUACGGCAGGACCAACUCGGAAAGAUAGGUAGGAGCAAGCCCAUGUAACGCUUUAUAGGUUAACAGUAAAACCUUGAAAUCAGCCCUUGCCUUAACAGGAAGCCAGUGUAGGGAAGCUAGCACUGGAGUAAUAUGAUCAAAUUUCUUGGUUCUAGUCAGGAUUCUAGCAGCCGUAUUUAGCACUAACUGAAGUUUAUUUAGUGCUUUAUCCGGGUAGCCGGAAAAUAGAGCAUUGCAGUAGUCUAACCUAGAAGUAACAAAUGCAUGGAUUAAUUUUUCUGCAUCAUUUUUGGACAGAAAAUUUCUGAUUUUUGCAAUGUUACGUAGAUGGAAAAAAGCUGUCCUUGAAACAGUCUUGAUAUGUUCGUCAAAAGAGAGAUCAGGGUCAAGAGUAACGCCGAGGUCCUUCACAGUUUUAUUUGAGACGACUUUACAACCAUCAAGAUGAAUUGUCAGAUUUAACAGAAGAUCUCUUUGUUUCUUGGGACCUAGAACAAGCAUCUCUGUUUUGUCCGAGUUUAAAAGUAAAAAGUUUUCAGCCAUCCACUUCCUUAUGUCUGAAACACAGGCUUCUAGCGAGGGCAAUUUUGGGGCUUCACCAUGUUUCAUUGAAAUGUACAGCUGUGUGUCAUCCGCAUAGCAGUGAAAGUUAACAUUAUGUUUUCGAAUAACAUCCCCAAGAGGUAAAAUAUAUAGUGAAAACAAUAGUGGUCCUAAAACGGAACCUUGAGGAACACCGAAAUGUACAGUUGAUUUGUCGGAGGACAGACCAUUCACAGAGACAAACUGAUAUCUUUCCGACAGGUAGGAUCUAAACCAGGCCAGAACUUGUCCGUGUAGACCAAUUUGGGUUUCCAGUCUCUCCAAAAGAAUGUGGUGAUCGAUGGUGUCAAAGGCAGCACUAAGGUCUAGUAGCACGAGGACAGAUGCAGAGCCUCGGUCUGACGCCAUUAAAAGGUCAUUUACCACCUUCACAAGUGCAGUCUCAGUGCUAUGAUGGGGUCUAAAACCAGACUGAAGCAUUUCGUAUACAUUGUUUGUCUUCAGAAAGGCAGUGAGUUGCUGCGCAACAGCUUUUUCAAAAAUUUUUGAGAGGAAUGGAAGAUUCGAUAUAGGCCGAUAGUUUUUUAUAUUUUCCGGGUCAAGGUUUGGCUUUUUCAAGAGAGGCUUUAUCACUGCCACUUUUAGUGAGUUUGGUACACAUCCGGUGGAUAGAGAGCUGUUUAUUAUGUUCAACAUAGGAGGGCCAAGCACAGGAAGCAGCUCCUUUAGCAGUUUAGUAGGAAUAGGAUCCAGUAUGCAGCUUGAAGGUUUAGAGGCCAUGAUUAUUUUCAUCAUUGUGUCAAGAGAUAUAGUACUAAAACACUUAAGUGUCUCUCCCGAUCCCAGGCCCUCGCAGAGCUGUGCAGAUCCAGGACAGCUAAGCCUUGGAGGAAUACGCAGAUUCAAAGAGGAGUCCGUAAUUUGCUUUCUAAUGGUCAUGAUCUUUUCCUCAAAGAAGUUCAUGAAUUUAUCACUGCUGAAGUGAAAGCCAUCCUCUCUUGGGGAAUGCUGCUUUUUAGUUAGCUUUGCAACAGUAUCAAAAAUUAUAUACCCUUUGUUGGCAAUGACACAGGUCAAACGUUUUCUGUAAGUCUUCACAAGGUUUUCACACACUGUUGCUGGUAUUUUGGCCCAUUCCUCCAUGCAGAUCUCCUCUAGAGCAGUGAUGUUUUGGGGCUGUCGCUGGGCAACACGGACUUUCAACUCCCUCCAAAGAUUUUCUAUGGGGUUGAGAUCUGGAGACUGGCUAGGCCACUCCAGGACCUUGAAAUGCUUCUUACGAAGCCACUCCUUCGUUGCCCGGGUGGUGUGUUUGGGAUGAUUGUCAUGCUGAAAGACCCAGCCACGUUUCAUCUUCAAUGCCCUUGCUGAUGGAAGGUUUUCACUCAAAAUCUCACGAUACAUGGCCCCAUUCAUUCUUUCCUUUACACGGAUCAGUCGUCCUGGUCCCUUUGCAGAAAAACAGCCCCAAAGCAUGAUGUUUCCACCCCCAUGCUUCACAGUAGGUAUGGUGUUCUUUGGAUGCAACUCAGCAUUCUUUGUCCUCCAAACACGACGAGUUGAGUUUUUACCAAAAAGUUCUAUUUUGGUUUCAUCUGACCAUAUGACAUUCUCCCAAUCCUCUUCUGGAUCAUCCAAAUGCACUCUAGCAAACUUCAGACGGGCCUGGACAUGUACUGGCUUAAGCAGGGGGACACGUCUGGCACUGCAGGAUUUGAGUCCCUGGCGGCGUAGUGUGUUACUGAUGGUAGGCUUUGUUACUUUGGUCCCAGCUCUCUGCAGGUCAUUCACUAGGUCCCCCCGUGUGGUUCUGGGAUUUUUGCUCACCGUUCUUGUGAUCAUUUUGACCCCACGGGGUGAGAUCUUGCGUGGAGCCCCAGAUCGAGGGAGAUUAUCAGUGGUCUUGUAUGUCUUCCAUUUCCUAAUAAUUGCUCCCACAGUUGAUUUCUUCAAACCAAGCUGCUUACCUAUUGCAGAUUCAGUCUUCCCAGCCUGGUGCAGGUCUACAAUUUUGUUUCUGGUGUCCUUUGACAGCUCUUUGGUCUUGGCCAUAGUGGAGUUUGGAGUGUGACUGUUUGAGGUUGUGGACAGGUGUCUUUUAUAAUGAUAACAAGUUCAAACAGGUGCCAUUAAUACAGGUAACGAGUGGAGGACAGAGGAGCCUCUUAAAGAAGAAGUUACAGGUCUGUGAGAGCCAGAAAUCUUGCUUGUUUGUAGGUGACCAAAUACUUAUUUUCCACCAUAAUUUGUAAAUAAAUUCAUAAAAAAUCCUACAAUGUGAUUUUCUGGAGAAAAAAAAUCUAAAUUUGUCUGUAAUAGUUGACUUGUACCUAUGAUGAAAAUUACAGUUCUCUCUCAUCUUUUUAAGUGGGAGAACUUGCACAAUUGGUGGCUGACUAAAUACUUUUUUUCCCCACUGUAUAUAUAUAUAUAUUUUUUUUUUUUUUGUUAUACUAUUUUGAUAUUCAUUACUGCACUUCACUGUACAAUAAAUCUUGAACUUGCACAGACAGACAGACAUAAUGAUGUUGUCAUUUGAGCAGUGUAGAAAUGCAUCUUUCUCAUGUCCUGUAUCUCUCUCACCCUUGUAUCUCUCUGCAGGGUGUUUGGUCAUAUCAGUUACCGGUCAGACUGGGAGCUAGUCAAGGUGGACUUCAGACAGUCAUUCCCCAGACAGUGUACUGAGGCCGACUACGACUCCUGGAAACUCACUGACCUGAAGGUACCCAACACACACAAACAUUCCUGUGUCUUUGUAAAUAUCUUGCGUUUAUCCUACACUUUUUCAAUCAGCUAAUGUAUACUUUUGGCCCGCAUCAGGGAGAGAAGUGCAUCAUGGGUCAGGAGAGGAGUUUCAGGAAGAGGAAGGACACCGCAUUCUGCAUUAAGGGGAAGAGCUACACCUCCGCCCUCACUACCAAGCCCUGCCAGUGCACCGAGAAAGACUUCAACUGGUGAGACACCACACCACAACCAGAACACUCUAAUGCAAUAGAAUAUACUUCAGAUAAAGUCUUGAUAAACAAAUUAUAAGGGUCACUUUCAGGGUUAGGUUUCGAUUCCUUUUCUAUUCAGGAGAUUAAUUGAAAAUCCAAUAUAAGCAUUUUCAAUGAGGAUCCUCUUUAAUAUUCAACGCUGUUCCUGAUUGAGAUUAAUGAGAAUGACAUUGACCCAAGCCUGAUUAAUUCACAAUAAACAGAAUCAAUCAAUGCUGUAUGUAGACUCUAGACGAUUGAUAUUGAUCCUAUUAUGUGAAGCCUGUGUGGCGUCUGUGUUGCUGGUGUCUGUCGAUCAUUGAGGUCAUGAACUGUAUUUGCUCUUUGGCCUUGUCCUUUGUCUGCACCCUGGAUGGAACUUAACCUUAUGCACUGUACUAUGAUCUGUUUUCCCCUCUUCCAAUCCUAACCUUAACCAUUAGUGGGAGAAACUCAAAACUGAUCGUAGAUCAGUGCCUAGGGGGUAACGUUCUCCUCUUCCUCUGUGUUUGAUUAGUGACUUUGGGUUUGAGCGUGCUCAGAGCCUGAAGACCGAGGGAGAUAGAUGCUUCGCUGACUUCUGGCACGACCCAGACUCGCCGCCUGACGACUGCCAUCUGGGACACGACUUCGAAUCCAGCACUGGGUGAGGGAUUGUAGAAUGGACACACACACACACACACACACACACACACACACACACACACACACACACACACACACACACACACACACACACACACACACACACACACACACACACACACACACAUAUACACACACACAAACACGCACACGCUGCCUCUCACCACUCUCCCUCUCCCUAUAAUUAUUAUUUGAGUCACUCUGCCUUACCUAAACUACACCUGACCCAUCACAAGUCCCCCUGUUUUCUGACAUUGGUACGGUCCUGUGCUGUGUUGCAGGUACAGGAAGGUUGUGUCCAACAUGUGUGAGGGCGGAGUGAACAAGCAGCAGAGUGCCAAGCAGCACACCUGUCCUCUGCUGCCUCCCAGAGGCCUCCAGCUGGGCAUCAAGGGACAGAUGCUGGCCGUGGCGCCUGGUGAUGACAUCACCUUCAUCGUCCACCAGGAACAGGUACGGAUUACUUAAGUCAGAAUUUAGAGCAGUGUAGGGUCUCAAAAAUCCCUGGGGGUGGGGUAGUUGUGUGUGGCUUUGCAGAGUAAAUGUGUGUGUUUUUGUGUCUUUGUCUGUGUGAUUGUGAUAGCUAGCUAAGAGAUACCCACUGUUUUCCGAAUGCAAGUUCAAGACGACUCACAUACGACUCCUAUUAGACACAAGUUAUAACUGCAACCUACCAAAUACACUUGAUGAAAUAGAGCAGUGUCAAACUCAUUCCAUGGAGGGCCUAGUGUCUGCAGAGGUAUACUACGAAGCAAGCUAGUCCUAUUCAGGGUUUUCUAAAGCUUGCCAGCUUCAGUUAGUUUCACAUUCCAGCUCAGGCUUCAUCCAUACUACAAUGGUGAAUAUUGCUCAUCUGCCUACCGCUAACUCUAGCAGGCUUGUAACUGCGCGUGCAUGUCGCACGUGGCUAGUCGAACGCCAAACACUUCGUUGAGACAAUGCUGAAACAUCAAUCCAUGUGCAAGUCAGUGCCAUUUCUUUUUAUUUGUUGCCGAAAUCAAAAUGAAAGAAAAGUUAUCUUGCAAAUUCACCAGGAUAUCGUGUGAAAUAGACUUUUAGAAGUACCGUCUAUAUUUUAUUACUUUGGUGUGGUUAUCAAUGCACGAGUACCUUUUUUCCCCACACAUAUCUAUACAAUUAUUUGAUUAAGUCAUAAAAAGGUUUUAAUGUGCGUGAGGUUUCAAAUUCAUUUGUCAUUACUAAAUGUGUAAUGUGAUAGGUAUUACUAUUUCUUAACACACAAAAACACAUUUGAUUAGUAAAUGUUUAUUCAGUUGUCUUCCUCAAAUGAAGUGGAUGAUGAAGCAAUCUUUUUGCGAGAGGGAGGGAUUCUGAUUUCAUUGGUCCUCAACUCGUGGCUCAGAUACUUCAUUCAGGUUAACCCUGAGUUGGUCUGCCCCGGAGCAGGUUAGAUCUGAAGGAUUUGUUGCCAUAGAGAUGUAUCUGGCUGAAAGGUGAGGCACUUUUGUGGUUCCAGUUAUCCCAAGUUGAACUCAGAGUUGACCAAAGUUACCUCGCUAAUGCCUCAAACUACAUUCGUAGUAAAUAGGGCUGUGGUUUUUGGUUUUUCCUUUCAAUUAAGACCUCGACAACCAGGUGAAGUUCCUUACAAAUCAGUGACCUUAAUUCAUCAAUCAAGUCGAGUUCUGAUACUGACACACACACACACACAAACACACACGCACACACACAACCAACAGGUCAUUCAUAGGAGCGAAAACAUGCAGACACUCGGCCCUCCGUGGAAUGAGUUUGACACGUGAAAUAGAGCAUUAGUUUAUCCCAUUUAUCAGCCCAAUUCAGUGAUGUUCUUCUCCUGUACCUCCUCCCUCACCCAGGGUGACACCAGCAACACUAAGUACCAGGUGGACCUGGGUGACGGGGUGAGGGCCAUCUACCAGAACCUGACGGUGACAGACGAGCCCAUCCAGCACCGCUACGAACAGCUGGGGGUCUACCGCGUCACCGUCAAGGCAGAGAACAUGGCCGGACACGACCAGGCCAUCAUGUACAUCCAGGUCACAGCCCCUCUACAGGAAGUUCACCUGGAAGUAGUUCCCAUUGCCAGGGUUAACCAGGAAGUCAACCUGACAGCUGUGGUGCUUCCUUCAGAGGCCAACCUGACUGUCUUCUACUGGUGGAUAGGAGACAACCUACAGGUAAUGUAUACUGACCAGAGGAGGCUGGUGGGAGUAGCUUUAGGAGGAUGGGCUCAUUGUAAUGGCUGGAAUGGAAUCAAUGGAACGGAGUCAAACACAUCAAACAUAUGGAUACCACAUUCCAUUUUUCCAGCCAUUACAGUGAGCCCUUCCUCCUAAAUCUCCUCCCACCAGCCUCUUCUGAUACUGACACACACACACACACACACACACACAAACACACACACACACACACACACACACAUACAACCAACAGGUCAUUCAUACUGACACACACACAACCCACAGGUAAUAUACUUUAAAUGCAGAUUUAUGGAAACUAAUGUUCAAAAGGUGAUCUGAGCCAUAUGCCACCACUGUCUUUUUGUGAUGCUAACAGUGCUAAAGCUAAUGUUGAGAGUUCAUAAAUGAUUUGGUGAAUUGAUAAAUGAAUGCAUUCAUUGUGUGUCUCCAUGCAGCCCAAGCUGUCCCUGGAGAACAGUCUGAUAACGCGGUUCCCUGAGGAAGGAGAGGUGUCUGUCACUGUCCAGGCCUCUAAUGGACGCUCCAUGGUGCAGGACACCAAGACAGUCCGCAUCUACGGUAAGAGUCCUGAUGAAUACUUAUAUAUGACGUUAUUUGUGUGCUGUACAACUAUUUAUGAUGUUAUCGUAUGAGGCAAUAUUUUUAUUAUAGAUGAUAUAGCUCUAGUUGUUUGGUUGUGUCUCUGGUGUUUUCCAUGACCUCAUGUGUUGCUGUUGUGUAACUGUGUCCCUGGUGUCUUCCAUGAGCUCAUGUGUUGCUGUUGUGUAACUGUGUCCCUGGUGUCUUCCAUGAGCUCAUGUGUUGCUGUUGUGUAACUGUGUCACUGGUAAUGAUGUCAUCUUAACAAAUAUAGAUGAGUUUAAUUUAUUCAUGAGAGAAUGCUAACUGAGCAGAACUGUACUGUAUUAUCUUACUCCAAGAGAACUGAUACAGAAUAAACAUACUGCAGAAGAAGUGAAUGUAGGAUCGUGAGAAACUGUUGACUUAUUCUAAAUCAUCUAAACAAUAGAAAUGAAUAUGGUAUUAUUAAUCCAGAGGUUUUUGUUCAUCUGAAUGCCGUAACCCAAAAUGGCUGCUGACUUCCUGUGUGUUCUGUCCAAUCCCAGACCGUUUCCAGGUCAUCCCUCUGGCCUUCAGCAGUAACCUGGACCUCCUCAACCCCAACAUCCCAGAGUGGAGGGAGGACGUGGGUCAGGUGGUCACCAAGAUUCUGGCCAAGGUGGUUCUACUGUACUCGUCUCAUACAUGACCUGAUGCUAUAACAUAACAGGACCAGUCUAUUCCUUAGGAUACAUAAUGAUAGCAUCUGCAUUGGCCUCAAUAUGUUUGGUUCAAUUAUUUUAUUUGAUAUAGACAUGACAGGCACGUUCAGUAUAGUUAUGAAAUGGGAGAAAACAUUUGGUGAUGGAGGAGGGACUACCUGAAUUUAUUAUAAAGGCUCAUGUUGUAGAAAUAUGGUCGAAAAAACAUGGGAUACAUGUCCCGUCCCAUAAGGUGACGAUGUCGUUUCUGACCAUGACCUUUGACCCCCAGAUCACAGGUGUCCCCCAGGAGUCCCUGGUAACCAUGGUGAAGCCGGGCCUGCCCACCACAGCCGACCUGUACGUUCUCCCACCAGAGAGCAAGCCUGCUAAGAGGAGUGUGUUUGUGGAUAAGGUACACUAUCAAACACACACACUACCUAACUAAUUGACAUUGUUGGACUCAUUCCUACAGGUAGUCAUUGAAUUGUGUGAAUUUGAUGGUUGUGUUUUAUAUUUCUUCCACAGCGUAUCCCUGCCAUCAAGCAGGCCUUCAAUGAGAACAACGUUAGCUUCAUCGUACGAGGAGGUCUACAGGUGUUGGUGACUUUAGCUGACCCUAACGCAGGUAACCAUUCCCAUUACUGUAUUCAUGUCCUUGUGAUGUUGUAAACAUGAUUUUAUAAUAGAUAUGUUCUCCAAUAAUUCUUUUGUAUAAUGUUGAUUUUGAAUGGAUAAUUUAGUUUUUAUCAAUCUUAUUUCAAAGGACUAGUAGCUAAUGACUCGUCCACGAGAGCAAUGGAGAACGGUGCGUUAGUCGCCCCAGACAACUUACCAGCUUUACUUCCUGCUUUCUCAAAAGGAGUCUACGUUUCCUCAAAUCUGACUGGGCUUGUGUUUUUGUUACCUUUUCUCUGCUUUCAGUGUUAUUUCCCUAAUUUCUUUCCUACUAAAUUGCUAAACUGUUAGAUACACUACAUGAGUAUGUGGACACCUGCUCGUCAAACAUCUCAUUCCAAAAUCAUGGGCAUUAAUAUGGAGUUGGUCCCCCCUUUACUGCUAUAACAGCCUCCACUCUUAUGGGAAGGCUUUCUACUACAUUGAACAAACAUAUAAACGCAACAUGUAAAGUGUUGGUCCCAUGUUUCAUGAGCUGAAAUAAAAGAUCCCAGACAUUUUUCAUAAGCACAAAAAGCGUAUUUCUCUCAAAUUAGUUAGUGAGCAUUUCUCCUUUGGCAAGAUAAUCCAUACACCUGACAGGUGUGGCAUAUCAAGAAGCUGAUUAUCAUUACACAGGUGCACCUUGUGCUGGGGACAAUAAAAGGCCACUCUAAAAUAUUUAGUUUUGUCACACAACACAAUGCCACAAAUGUCUCAAGUUUUGAGGGAGUGUGCAAUUGGCAUGCUGACUGCAGGAAUGUCCACCAGAGCUGUUGCCAGAUAAUUGAAUGUUCAUUUCUCUACCAUAAGCCGCCUCCAACGUCAUUUUAGAGAAUUUGGCAGUACGUCCAACCGGCCUCACAACUGCAGACCACAUGUAUGGCGUUGCAUGGGCAAGUGGUUUGCUGAUGUCAACGUUGUGAACAGAGUGCCCCAUGGUGGCGGUGGGGUUAUGGUACGGACAGGCAUAAGCUACUCACAACGAACACAAUUGCAUUUGAUCAAUGGCACUUUGAAUGCAUAUAGAUGCCGUGACGAGAUCCUGAGGCCCGUUGUCGUGCCAUUUGUCCGCCACCAUCACCUCAUGUUACAGCAUGAUAUCGCACAGCCCCAUGUCACAAGGAUCUGUACACAAUUCCUGGAAGCUGAAAAUGUCCAAAUUCUUCCAUGGCCUGCAUACUCACCAGACAUGUUACAUGUUGCGUUUAUAUUUUUGUUCAGUAUAGAGGUUGGAACAUUGCUGCGUGGACUUGCUUCCAUUCAGCCACAAAAGCAUUAGUGAGGUAGGGCAUUGAUGUUGAGCGAAUAGGCCUGGCUCGUAGUCGGCAUUCCAAAGGUGUUCGAUGGGGUUGAGGUCAGGGCUCUGUGCAGGCCAGUCAAGUUCUUCCACACCAAUUUCGACAAACCAUUUCUGUAUGGACCUCGUUUUGUGCAUGGGGGUAUUGUCAUGAUGAAACAGCAAAGGGCCUUCCCCAAACUGUUGCCACAAAGUUGGAAGCACAGAAUCAUCAAGAAUGUCAUUGUAUGCUGUAGCGUUAAGAUUUCCCUUCACUCUAACUAAGGGGCUUAGUCAGAACUAUGAAAUCAGCCCCAGACCAUUAUUGCUCCUCCACCAAACUUUACAGUUGGCACUAUGCAUUGGGGCAGGUAGUGUUCCCCUGGCAUCCGCCAAACCCAGAUUUGUCCGUCAGACUGCCAGAUGGUGAAGCGUGAUUCAUCACUCCAGAGAACGCAUUUCCACUGCUCCAGAGUCCAAUGGCUGCUCGGCCAUGGAAACCCAUUUCAUGAAGCUGUAGCAGGGCAGAAAUUUGACGAACUGACUUGUUGGAAAGGUGUCAUCCUAUGUACCAUGUUGAAAGUCACUGAGCUCUCAGUAGGCCUUUCUACUGCCAAUGUUUGUCUAUGGAGAGUGCAUGGCUUUUAUACACCUGUCAGCAAAAGGUGUGGCUGAAAUAGCCGAAUCCACUAAUUUUAAUAGGUAAACAAUCUGUUCAAAUGAUGUCUAAUCUAUUCCGUUUGCUUUUAAACUUACUCUAUAUUUUCUUGCACAGUUUGUGUGUAGAUCUCUUUUCCAGACUGUGCUAAACUUUGAAGUGGUGUGUGUGUGUGUGUGUGUGUGUGUGUGUGUGUGUGUGUGUGUGUGUGUGUGUGUGUGUUAAACACUGUGUGGUGUUUAUCGAAGCGGAGUGGAAUGGAGUGUUUUGCUGUGAGAUGUAUUUGUUUUCUGUUGAGUUUAUUGUGACGUGCCAGCUAUACUCUUGUUUCAGUGUCUUAGGUGGCUACAUCCAUAGCAGGUGUGUGUGUUACCCAGUGGUGGCAAAAGUACCCAAUUGUCAUACUUGAGUAAAAGUAAAGAUACCUUAAAAGAAAAUGACUCAAGUAAAAGUGAAAGUCACCCAGUAAAAUAUUACUUGAGUAAAAGUCUAAAAGUAUUUGGUUUUAAAUGUACUUAAGUAUCAAAAGUAAACGUAAUCGCUAAAAUAUACUUAAGUAUUAAAAGUAAAAGUAUAAAUUAUUUCAAAUUCCUUAUAUUAAGCAAACCAGAUAGCAUGAUUUUCUUGUUUUUUUAAUUUACGGAUAGCCAGGGGCGCACUUCAACACUCAGACAUAAUUUACAAACGAAGCAUUUGUGUUUAGUGAGUCUGCCCAGAUCAGAGGCAGUAGGGAUGACCAGGGAUGUUCUCUUGAUAAGUGCGUGAAUUAAACAAUUUUCCUGUCCUGCUAAGCAUUCAAAAUGUAACUAGUACUUUUGGGUGUCAGGGAAAAUGUAUGGGGUAAAAAGUACAUUAUUUUCUUUAGGAAUGUAGUGAAGUAAAAGUAAAAGUUGUCAAAAAUAUAAAUAGUAAAGUAAAGUACAGAUACCCCAAAAAACUACUUAAGUAGUACUUUAAAGUAUCUUUACUUAAGUACUUUACACCACUGGUGUUACCUACCCUGUGUGUCUGUGUAGUGUUAAUUUCCCAUCUGAUGUGUGUUGUCUAUCCUUGUGUGCAGUGUGUGUAUGUGCCAUAUCAUAAUGUGUGUGUGUGUGUGUGUGUGUGUGUGUAUUGUCUCCCCUGCAGGUUCUCAGGGUGGAGUGGCAGGUCCAGGUGUCUGGGCUCUGGCUGUCAUCUUCCUCAUCAGCGUCAUCGGUACCGGAUCCUUCAUCCUCUACAAGUUCAAGAGGUUGGUAUAAUAGACUCACAUAUAAGAUAUUCACUGGGCACUAGACUCAGAUAGUUCAGUUUUCACAUAGUUAAGAUUUCACAUAGUUAAGAUUUUGCAGUUGACAAAUUAUUUGUAAUUAUGUUCCGGCCCCCUGACCAUCCGCUCAAGAAAAAAUCGGCUCGUGGCUGAAUCUAGUUGAUGAUCCCUGGUCUACAGCAUGUGGUCAGGAAAAACUCCUGGUAGACGCGUUUACCUAUCGUGACAUAGUCAAUAUACUGCAUGUUGCCCAUGUGGGAAUCAAACCCACAAUUCUGGUGUUGCAUUAACCAUGCUUCAACCAUCAGAAUCAGUCAUCCUCUGAGGCAUUGCAUGACCACAGAUGAAAACAUAAGGUCAUGUAUGAAGAUACAGUAGGUGAAUACAUAACUGGAUGAAUAUAGAUGUACUAGAAUACAUAAAUGCAUGUACUUGAUGAAUCUAGAAUGUAGAUGAAUGAAUAUGUUGUGCAAGAUUUGUCUUCUUUUCACGAGUCACACCAAUAGCACUUCCUUUGCAUCCAAUGCAAAAAGUCCACAAUCUGUCACUCAUUAACAUGAACUACAACUCCAGCCACAACCUCUCAUCAAAACUACAAAUCCCACAGUCCUUGGCUUAGGACUGAGGAUGCCUAUCCUCCACUGUUUUUCAGAAAGCUGCCUGGCCGGAACGUGUACGCCCAGAUGCACAAUGAGAAGGAGCAGGAGAUGACCAGCCCUGUCAAUCACAGCGAGGACACGCAGCACAUCAUCCAGGGGGAGGAGUUUAUCGAUGACGAUCUGGACUCGCAGACUCUAGGUAACGCAGGAGGUAGCCCCGCCUUCCGUUCCCUUAUAAGGACUAACCCCCACUACUACUAACAGAACAGCCUGCUACUACUCACAAGCCCAUGCAGGUAACGCAAGGUAUUAGUUAUUUGCUUCAGUAUUUUUUUUAAUCUAACGCUACUAACCUCAUAACGAUGUUGUGAAUUAAAGGUUAAUUUAAGCAUUGUAAUACUUAUAUAAUACUUAUAUAAAUGGGAAAUAUUUAUAAAAUUAGUUACUUUUUAAAAGUUAGAGUUUGGCUAAAAGAUGACCAACCAGUCGAAGUUGAAACAAUCAAGGAUAUUGUGCUUUAAUGUUGCAAGAUAAAGAAGCAUGUGGGAUUUUCCCUUUUAAAACCGACUGAACCUCGGCACUAGUUCACCCACUUAUUCUCUCUCCUUGUUGCUAGGUAACCACUCGGGCGUGGUGCUGAGCAUCAACUCCAGAGAGCUGCACAGCUACCUGACCAGCUGA